AUGGAAGCCAUCAAGAACAACACUACCAUAUCCGCUAUUGAGGUCAAGCCCUUUAAUGUCAACGCUGUCCGCAAAUCCGCUGUGAACACUGCCGUCGACAUCUUCACAAUUGAGCAAGGUCAUGUCACUCUCCCCAGCGACCUUUGCCCUCUCGACGCUCUCUCCAGCAUCCUCCGCAGUAUCUCAUCAGUCUUUGAGCUCGACGUUUGCGCCGACCUCGACCUCAACUGCCGCGAUAUUCUGCACCGCAUCCUCCAAUCCAUUUUCGACACAAACACACAAUUGCUUCUCGAGCAGGAGACGUCCGAGUUCUUCGCGAACCUCAGCUCAAAGCAGAGAGCUCGCAUCCUGGCCCAGGCCAUCGCUGCGUUCACCGUUAUCUUCCAGCGCCUGGCACUGACGGGUGAGAAGGUCAACUAUGGUGUUCUCAAUCGCGAGGCCCAGUUGUUCACCGAGAGCGACCAGCGGGCUUUGAUACAGAGUCUUAUUGAGGGCGACAGUAUCUUUGAGAGUUGUACGAAGAAGAACGACAUCGCAGAGGCUAUCCUCGCUGCCAUUGAUGCUGAUGAGGAUGCCGCGACACCUCAGCCUGUUGCCGCUGACGACAAGCAUGACUUUAUGUUCUCACCCAGCGCCGCUCUAGAACACAAGAACAUGGGCGUUCCUUGGGGUUUCAGCAUCAUGGCGAUCAAUUAG